UGAAGACAAAAAAGACAGAAAAAACGAGAAACUAAAAAGAAAACCAGCUUUGUUGUUGUGUUCCAAUUCCAACAACAGAGCCCAAAAACGACAACUUUAAGUUCAACACAAUACUUGAAGCCAAGUUUUUCUUUUUCACCCAAUUUUCCGCUCCACUCUCAAUCCUUUCAAACUUCACUCAAAAUACCCUUCUUUCUCUCUCUAUUUCUCUUAUGUUCUUCCCCAAACAAACACAACAACACCCGUCUGACCUGUCUCUUUCUCUGCGUUUUCAGUACGCUUAGAUCCUGCUCUAUUGUUUUCUGAACCCCUCCAUCCUGCUUCUAUGGCCAUCCCUUGAUCAUGGGGUCCAUCAAGAUUUUAUAUUUUAGAUUUUCCAUCGCCACCACCUCACUCUCACAGAAUGCAAUCGGGUGGGCCUGAAUCCGCUAGCCCCGUGACCCACAGGGUUCAGUCUCUAUCUUCCGCAGAUACCAGAGGGAAACAUAGGAUACAUGCUGAACUCAAGCGCUUGGAGCAGGAAGCAAGAUUUUUAGAGGAAGAGCUGGAAAAACUUGAAAGGAUGGAGAAGGCGUCUACGGCGUGCAAAGGACUGCUCAGCAACGUGGAAACAAAACCUGAUCCAUUACUACCAUCAACAAUUGGACCCGUAAGUCCUACAUGGGAUCGAUGGUUUGAGGGCCCCCAAGAUUCUAAAGGCUGCUGUAGAUGCUGGAUUCUCUGAUGAACAAUGCUAAUUGCCAAUCCUUCCUUCUUCCCUUUUUUAAUCCAAGAUUGGUUUAGAAAUUGUGAGUUUUGAAACAAUAUUGUUAUUGGCAAUUUUUCAUGAUUGUUCCUAUGUGCGGAUGACAAUUAUAGCAAAUACAUAGCUUUUAUGUUUCAGUUGACAGCUUAAUUACUGAGACGAUAACUACCAAGCCAUGAUGACAGUAUAUAUGUAUAUAAUUUUUUUUUUCCAUUGCAAA